UGACAGAGAUGUAUAAUAUGUUGGACCAAGAUGAAGGGCAGAGAACAGGUGGCCUCUCUACACCACAAAUGUUCACUAAUCCAGCUGCUUAUCAAGUCCAGACAACUACUACUCCUGAUCAAGCUCAAGUGUUCUUGGCUCAUAAUGGUUCACAGAAACCGAAAUGUUCUCAUUGUCACAAGAUUGGUCAUACUGCAGAUAAGUGUUACAAGUUACAUGGUUAUCCACCUGGAUUUACUUCAAAAUGGAAGAAACCUCAGACCAUAGGAACUACAAACCUUGCUGCAACACAAUGCCAAUCUUCUCUUGACCAGAAAGAGAAUAUGGAGUAUUCUUGUGAUGAAAUGUCUACAGAUCAGAUUCAGACAGUGAUUUCGUAUCUUAGUUCCAAGCUUCACACUACUACUGCCUCACCUCACACAUCUACUAAUCCUUCUGCUUCGACUUCAUCUUCUGUUCCUGUAAUCUCACAGAUUUCAGGAUCUUACACAGGAGUUGAUGAUUGGAAAAGGGAUUGAAAUUGGAAAUUUAUAUGUCUUGCAUUUCGAUGAGUCUACUCGUUCUGUUUCUUUAAAAGGUACUGCAUUACCACUUAAUAGUGUCUCUGUUUGUUCUAGUGUCGUUGUUGAUCCAAUUACAUGGCAUAGAAGGCUUGGUCAUCCAUCUCAGUCUAAAAUAGAUUUACUUUCUGAUGUAUUGAGUUUAAAACAAAUAAAAGGAAAUAAAGAAAAGUUAUCUGUUUGUCA